UUCAUGCCAGGGGAUGCGGCAGGGGCCGCGUAUCUUGAGUCUUGAACGGAGACGAUUUAAACGGAGAGGUCCGACCAACGAGCGCGCUCGUGCCCGCUUCCCUUCUAAACUUUCUGGAGGUCGGACCAUCGAGCGCGCUCGUGCUCGCUUCCCUUCAAAAUUUUCCACCUUCCACCGUCCCUGCCGACUAUUUAAAGCCCGCCCGAAAUGAAAAUCCUAACCCUAAGCCUAUAUCCAUUCAGAAGAAAUCGAAGCUCUUCUCUUCUGCUCCCACGAAAUGGCGUCGGCGAUCUCGGAUCCGGAGCUGUCUAGGGUUCAUCGGAAAGAAGUAAAAGGGAAUGAAAUAGACAAUCCAAGAGAGCCUUUGAUCAAUGGUGUUGGUUAUCAUGAGAGCUAUUCUGCCAAUGCGGCGAUUCUUCCGUUUUUAUUCCCAGCAUUAGGAGCACUGCUUUAUGGUUAUGACAUAGGUGCUACCUCUGGUGCUACAAUUUCUCUGGAGUCAUCAACAUUAAGCGGGACAACAUGGUAUGAUUUAUCCUCAUUGGAAAUUGGGCUUGUGGUCAGUGGUUCUCUCUAUGGUGCCUUGAUUGGUUCUGUUUUGGCAUUUAAUAUAGCUGAUUUUUUAGGAAGACGAAGGGAGUUAAUUCUCUCUUCUGUUCUAUAUCUUGUUGGAGCUCUAGUAACAGCAUUGGCUCCUACUUACCCGGUUAUGGUGGUUGGACGUUUUGUCUAUGGUAUAGGAAUCGGACUGGCUAUGCAUGCUGCUCCAAUGUAUAUUGCGGAGACUGCUCCAAGUCAAAUUCGAGGCAUACUUAUCUCUUUGGAGGAGUUCUUUGUAGUUAUUGGAAUGCUUUUUGGUUAUACAGCUGGCAGUUUCGUUGUUGGUUUGGUAGCUGGAUGGCGCUAUAUUUAUGUUACUAGUUCCCCAGUUUGUCUAAUAAUGGGAAUUGGAAUGUGGUGGCUGCCACCAUCACCUCGAUGGCUGCUUUUGUGUGCUAUACAGGGAGAAAGAAACAUGUCAGAUGCUAAAGAAUUUGCCAUUUGCUGCUUGUGUCAGCUUAGGGGUCAAAGUGUUGAUGGUUCCGCUUCAAAACAAAUCGAUGCAAUUCUGAAUGAACUUUCAUAUGUUGAUCAAGAUAAACAAGCAACAUUACGUGAGAUUUUUCAAGGAAAAUGCCUGAAAGCCCUUGUAAUUGGUGCUGGAUUGGUCUUCUUUCAGCAGGUCACAGGGCAACCAAGUGUGUUAUACUAUGCUGCAACAAUCCUUCAGAGUGCAGGGUUUUCUGCAGCAUCUGAUGCCAUUCGUGUCUCAAUUCUUCUUGGUUUACUGAAGGUUGUUAUGGCUGGGACUGCUGUUCCUGUGAUAGACAGACUUGGUAGAAGGCCUUUGCUGAUUGGAGGUGUUAGUUGGAUAGUAAUCUCUUUGUUCCUAUUAUCUUCAUAUUACACCUUGUUAAAUGAUUCACCAUUUGUGGCUGUAAUCGCAUUGCUGCUAUAUGUUGGUUGCUAUCAGUUAUCAUUUGGUCCCAUUGGUUGGCUGUUGAUUUCGGAGGUUUUCCCUUUACGGCUAAGAGGGCGUGGCUUAAGUAUAGCAGUGCUUGUGAACUUUGCUUCAAAUGCUCUGGUGACUUUUGCUUUCUCGCCAUUGGAGGCUUUGGUAGGAACUGGUAUCCUCUUUGCUGGUUUUGGAAUUAUUGCAGUGGCUGCCCUUCUGUUCAUAUUUUUUGUCAUACCAGAAACAAAGGGGCUCACUCUGGAGGAAAUUGAGGCCAAGAUUUUAUAAAGUUCUCUCAUCCAUGCAAUUGUAAUAAUCUGCAACUGAGAUCUUUGGAAGGACAGAAUCCUAUCUUCUCCAUAUAAACAGUUAAAUAUCUCUUUUGUUGGGAUGUCCCUUUGCUGAGAACUUGUAUUUAAAGUGACCAUGUAUUCAAGGUCUGUGAAUCAACAAUGGCUGUAUCUCCAAGUAUCAUCACCUACAACUUGGAUGCACUUAAGGAGUGCAGUCACAAAUUGCAUUUAUAAAUUCAUGGUACUGUGACAAAUUACAGCA